AUGGCCAUAGUCGACCUCCUCCUGUCCUGGUGGGCGCUGCCCAUCGGGGUAGGAGUGCUCGUCAGCACAUACCUCUAUGCAUACUUUGUCACGUACGGCUACCUGAGAGGCAUCCCGGCGCCCUUCCCCGCUCAGUUUUCAAAUCUAUGGCUGCUGUACGUGUGCCGGCGGGGUGAGAGAUAUGACGUUAUGGAUAAGAUCCAUAAGGAGAUGGGCCCUGUUGUUCGAAUUCAGCCAAAUCAUGUGUCAAUAGCUGAUGAUGAGGCCAUUCCCAUCAUCUAUGGCCAUGGAAAUGGCUUUCUGAAGUCCGAGUUUUACGACGCCUUUGUGUCUAUCCGUCGAGGACUCUUCAACACUCGAGAUCGCGCCGAGCACACGCGCAAGCGCAAGCUCAUCUCUCACACCUUUUCAACCAAAUCUAUCAGCCAGUUUGAGCCAUACAUCCACUCCAACCUCGAGCUUUUCGUCAAACAGCUCGACAAGCUCAUUGCCUUGGGCGCAACCAAGGACAAGCAAGGUCGUCAACAGGCACUGAUCGACUGUCUUCCCUGGUUCAACUAUCUAGCUUUUGACGUUAUUGGCGACCUCGCGUUCGGUGCUCCGUUCGGUAUGCUCGCAAACGGCGCCGACGUAGCAGAAGUCAGAGCCACGCCAGAGUCCCCCCCAAUCUACGCCUCAGCGAUUGAAAUCCUCAACCGGAGGGGCGAAGUGAGCGCUACGCUCGGCUGCUUUCCCCAGCUCAAGCCGUACGCCAAAUGGCUUCCGGACCCGUUCUUCAGCAACGGCCUGAACGCCGUUCAGAACCUCGCAGGGAUCGCCAUCGCACGGGUCAAGGCAAGGCUCGACAAUCCCCCGCCCGUUGAACGAAAGGACCUCCUCGCGCGUCUCAUGGAAGGAAGGGAUGAAAAGGGCGAGCCGCUGGGCCGUGAGGAACUUACUGCUGAGGCUCUGACGCAGCUCAUCGCUGGUAGUGACACGACAUCCAACUCUUCGUGUGCGUUGCUGUACCAUGUUACUCGGACUCCCGGUGUUCUCGAGAAACUUCAGGCCGAACUUGAUGCUUCUAUCCCGUCGCACGUCUCAGUUCCAACCUUCGACAUGGUCCGUGACCUUCCCUACCUCAACUGCGUCAUCAACGAAACUCUCCGAUACCAUUCCACAUCAGGCAUUGGUCUCCCACGACAAGUUCCCGAAGGUUCUCCCGGCGUCACCAUUCGCGGGCACUUUUUCCCAGCAGGCAGCGUGCUCAGCGUUCCGACAUAUUCAAUCCAUCACUCCAAGGAGAUCUGGGGUCCUGAUGCCGAUGAUUUCAAGCCAGAGAGGUGGGAGGAUGUGACUACCCGUCAGAAGAAUGCGUUUAUUCCCUUUAGCCAUGGACCGAGGGCGUGUGUCGGGAGGAAUGUGGCCGAGAUGGAGAUGAAGCUGAUAGCGGCGACAUGGGCGAGGAGAUAUAAUGUUGAGCUGAAGCAGGAGAUUAUGGAGACCAGGGAGGGUUUCCUGAGGAAGCCCUUGGGUCUGGAUAUUGCUCUGAAGAUGAGGUAA